AUGGCGGUAACAACAUCGCCAUCUUAUCAUGGAUCGCCGAUACAUGACGGAUUUGCUACAAUCCGUGCGCCAAGAAGUCGUAUUAAAAUAAGAAAUCUUGUUGAACCAAAUAAUGCUGCUAAUCUACCUCAGAGGCAUUCGGAGUAUUUCACACUACAAAGAAAUUCCACGAAUAACUUUUUAGACAACAGUGUAGUAGUGCAAUACGCAAACAAUGAGUCAGUGAAUUUUAGUAAUGACUCUGACAAACCCUUGAGACUCAGUUUUACAGAACCUAUUUAUGCCAAAGUAACUCCACCACAUUCUAAAAGUGCUUCCCCUGUGAAACACGUAAAUGGCAAGUCAAAAAUUCAUUACGAUUCUAUAGAUACAAAGCCCCGGCGAAGAUUAAAAAGCUUAGAGUUCAUAACAGGUACAGAUCUGAUGGUGGAUGAAAAAAAUGGAAUUACAAACUUAAGUAAUGGGGAACGGCAACCAUUUGAACAGCAUAUAGAAAAUCAGGACAGCUCCGAACAGCAUUCCGUGCGCACGGACACUACGGGAUCAUCCAUCGACUACAGAAAGAGACACAUCGAUCGAGAUAAUUGUUCGGAAUCAUCGUCAUACCUCACAGAUAAUGAAAGGCCUAUUUCCAGUUAUAGCGACAACUCCACUAUACCAUCCACGGACACUGAAGAUGUUUUGAAAGAAUUGCCAAGUAAAUCGAGAUUUCAUAAGUCACCACAGAAGUUCGCCACGUUAAAUUUGCGAAGACCUAAAUUUAUUGAUCUCAAACCUCCAGGUCUCAAAGAAAAUCAAUUUUAUGGAAGUCUGCAAAGAAACAAAUUGGGUUACCAUUCGGAACCAAAUACUCCGCUUACAGGAGAUCGGAUAGAUUUAACCGAUGAAUCCAAUAUACUGAAUCAAAUUCAACGAAUACCGAGAAUGUCUUUGCAAAAUAACAGAAACGGUUUUAGAAGGUCCGUGAGUGAAACUAAUGGUUUUUCCAAAAGGCUUAACUAUAGACACUCUUUUAGCGCAGAUUAUAAGUCUCAAACAGUCAUAAAAAGACCGCAUAAAUGCUGCGAAUGCGUAACAGGAAUACCUGCAGAGGAGGAAGAAAAUCAAUCCACUAGAACAUUAGGGACUUUGUACGAAGCACAAGAUCCUAAAGUAGGAUGUCAAACAAUACUGAGAUCAAAACCACCGAUUCCGUGGUGGGAGCUGGCCAUUAAGAAGUCGCGUUACAAAAGUUGCCCCAUUCUUGAAGAGGUAAGUUCUUUUUAUUCAAAAUGA